GCUCCGUUGCCCGGGAGCCGAAGCCGCCGAGCCGCCGACCGCAGCCGUGGUCCCUACAGUGAGUGAGUUCAAAUUCCCCGCAGCCGCAGUCUACAGCAUCCGGGUACUCUAGGUCUCGGACCGUAGCUGUCGGCCGGACUCGGGGAUCGGCCGAUGAUCUAGGCAGAAGGUGCCAGCUUGGAGGCGAACGAAGUGUAUCUUGUAUUUACUGGUGUGGAUGACAGACAGAUUGUGAAGAAAACAAACUGCACAUAAAUAUUAUUACCAGGACACCACAGCUACAAAGACAUUCUUCAGCAUUUUCAUGAAUCUGUAAAAUUAUGUGACUAGAAAGGUCUUUUUUCCAAACAAUGGGGGAAAGAGCCCGAAGUCCAGAUAAUGAUCAAGAAAGGAAAGGAGGCAAGCACCUUUACUCUCAUUACUCGUCUGAUUUUGGGUCCUCACCACAGUCCUCUGGCCCUUCAUCACCUGUCAACACGACAUCAUGUGUCAGUACUAAGGAGAAGAAUCCCAAAAGACACUUGUCAGACAACCAAGUGCAUCACCAAACUGUUAGGAAAGUGAGUCCUAAGGCUGUACCCAGCAAAAAGGGGGUCCGAGUGGGAUUUCGGUCCCAGAGCCUCAACAGAGAGCCACUUCGGAAAGAUCCAGAUAUUGUAACAAAGCGGGUUCUUUCUGCAAGACUUCUGAAAAUCAACGAGCUGCAGAACGAAGUGUCUGAACUACAGGUCAAGUUAGCCCAGCUGCUCAAAGAAAACAAGGCUUUGAAAAGUCUUCAGUAUCGUCAGGAGAAAGCACUGAAUAAGUUUGAAGAUGCAGAGAGUGAAAUCUCACAACUUAUACACCGCCAUAACAAUGAGAUUACUGCGCUCAAAGAGCGCUUAAGAAAAUCUCAGGAGAAGGAACGGGCGACGGAGAAAAGAGUGAAAGACACAGAAGGUGAACUAUUUAGGACGAAAUUUUCCUUACAGAAACUGAAAAAGAUCUCGGAGGCCAGACACCUACCAGAGCGAGACGAUUUGGCCAAGAAACUGGUUUCGGCAGAGUUAAAACUAGACGACACUGAGAGAAAGAUUAAGGAGCUAUCGAAAAACCUGGAGCUGAGCACCAACAGUUUCCAGCGGCAGUUGCUUGCUGAAAGGAAAAGAGCUUUUGAGGCUUAUGAUGAAAAUAAAGUUCUUCAAAAGGAACUGCAGCGGCUCCACCACAAGCUAAAGGAGAAGGAGAGAGAAUUGGAUAUAAAAAACAUCUAUGCUAAUCGCCUGCCCAAAUCCUCUCCAAAGAAGGAGAAAGAAAUUCCAAGGAAACAUGUAUCCUGCCAGAGUGACUUUACGGACCUGUGUACAAAAGGAGUACAGACUGCUGAAGACUUUGAGCUGGAAGAGUUUCCUUUCACAGCACAGACAGUCCUGUGUUAUGAAAACAGAUGGGAUGGACCAGAAUAUCUUUCUUCGUACCUGGAAUACCAGGAGCGAAAUGAACAUGGAUCAGAGACUCUAAGUUCCGUUUUGGAACAAGAAGAAAAGUACAGUGAAGAUCAGGACUCAUGUUCUGCAAAGCAGGAGGCAGGGAAGCCUGAGAGUGAGUGGGAAAGAGAAGAGCUUGAUAAGGUGAAAGGCAAGUCGUCUUUGCUAGGGCGAGCAGAGAGGCUGGCGUUGGAAGCUGGAAGGUUCCCAGCGGAAAAUUAUCAAACUCAGUCUGUUGAUAAAUUUGAAGAUGAGGCAGAAAGACUAAAGACAGAAAUGCUUCUUGCCAAACUGAACGAAAUCAACAAUGAACUCCAAGAUCCUCAGAGCCUCAGCCGGCCCCCUUUGCCAUUGCUACCCAACUUCGAAUCCAAGCUGCACUCUCCAGACAGAAGCCCCAGACCUUACACAUUCCCUGAGUCCUUAGACAGAUCAUUUAAUGGACAACAGUUGCCGGACAUGAGUUUUUUAACUCCGAGGGGAGAAGGCCGGAGUCCAGGACCGAUCCGAAGCCCAGGACCGAUCCGAAGCCCAGCCCCUCCAGAUGAAUUUUCAUUUGGUAGCUAUGUGCCUUCAUUUGGAAAGACAUUAGGGAAGUCAAAUCCACCUAGCCAAAAAAGUAGCCUUUUAGAUUUCCAGAGCAACAGUUCUGAAAGCCUGAGUAAAGACAAUCUAGACUUCAUCUCGAGGAAAGAGAAAAAGGCGACCCUGAUGGAGCAGCUGUUUGGCCCCAGUGCCAGCAACACCACAGUCUCCUCCAAGAGCAGUGACUCACAUUUCCCUGCUGCCAGCAGAGGGGACUUGGACCCUCUUCAUUUCCUCUCUGGGGACAGAAGCAGCAGAGUCCGGGAGCCUGAUGAUGAAGAUAAAGACCUUUUCCUCGGCGAAGGAAGAAGUUUUAAUCCAAAUAGACACCGGUUGAAGCACACAAGUAAUAAGCCAACAGUCACGGCCGUUGACUCUGUUGACGAGGACAUUGAAGAGGUCACCCUCAGAUGAUUGACUGGAGCACACAGAGUAUAUAUAUUUUUUCAAUUGUAAAUAUUAAAGUAUUUUAAUACAGUAUUUAUUAUAAACAUUUAAACUUUCAAUGGUAAAAUAGCCUUAGUAGGGAGUAAUUUUUAGUGGCUAGAUAUGGCAUAAUUAAACAAAUAGUGCUGUACCACAAAGCCACUUGCUAAGAAUGCUUUUUUUGUUUUGAAAUGAACCCAAAGGAGAGUUUUUGCUUACUGUUUUUCUGUUAUUACAGCUAGGUCUCACUGAGCUAGCACUGUGGGAAGUUUUACUUCACUAGAAUCUUCCUUGUUUCUUUUCCUUCUAUUUUUGAUCCAACCUCAGUGAGCCUAAGUAUUGUUUUCCCACUGAUGGCUAGGUGGAAAUUGAAGGUCUCCAGAAGGAUUAAAGACCUCAGGUGGCAGACAGCAGUGGGACUUAGGAGCUGUGCCCUUGUCUGAGGUGACAGAGCCAAGCCACUCUUGAGUGGCGAUGGCAAUAAUGUUGGGACUUCCUGUUCUUGUGGAAAUAUCCCUGGGUACUGAAGUGUACACUGGGCGGUUACUCCUGAGAAGUAGUUGAUACUCCUCAGUUGCAGGCCUGAAGUCACUCACUGCUGCUUUGCCAGCCACUUGGAUCACGGGAGAGCCCAGGAGACAUGGCUGCCUUAAUGGCAUCCCUCUCUGUGGCUGCAGGAGGCUUGGGGACACAGUCCUACCUUUCCUCUUCUGUACACUCUGUAUACUGGUGACCAGAUGGAAGAUUCCCUACCAAAUACAGGCAGUAGAAGAAAUGCCAGCCCAACACAGAAUGAUUUUCAACUCAAUUAUGUUUCCAGAGUGAUAUGUUUGGAAAUUUUAAUACAUAUUUUUAAGAUUUGAACUUGUGCUCAAACUCAGGAGACAUCAGUCUGAUACUCUUGGGUUUACAGGACUGAUGUUGAUGCAACCUCACAAAGAUGUUUUUAGAAUUGGGGCUCCUGCCUUGCUGAGUAGAUGCAAUAGUUUUCUGUUGAAAGGCAUAGGUUUCCUUCCACUCAGUUCAGGACAGCUGCAGAAGCAUUUGUUGACUUGGUCUGGUCUGGUCUGUUGGAGCAGUAAUUUAUCAGCUGAGGAGAAACACUGUAUAUCACGUGGGUAACCUGAACAGUAUGUCCAUUUGUUCAUAGUAUGCAUCUUACGCAAGGCAUACGUACUGAUUGGGGGAUGGAGUUGCCAUGGUGUCUAGGUUCUUCUCCUGAUACUUGGUAAGACCUUUCCUGAUCAGUCCUAAUUCACAGCUGUUCUGCCUGUCCUCCCCUUCCCCCUGGAAUGAGUUCUUGUCAUUUUUUGGGAACAAACUCUCCUCAAAGUGCUAAAUAAUAUUUAAAACUUUUCUCAAAAGAGGAUUUUAGGUCUUCUGUGAAUAAGCAUUUACUAUAUUGCAAAUCAUUGUAAUAUAAGUAAACAUGUUGUUUGUGAUACAGUUCUUGAUAAAGCAUUAUGUAAUGUUAAUUUUGUUUAUGGCUAUAAGUUUUCUACCAAAGUAUUCUAAUUUUAAGGUUUUUAAAUUGUUUUUUUUUUCCAGAAAAAUUUUUACUCAUUACUUUCAUUAUAUUUAUGCCUUUUUCUACUUGAAAGUCUACUUAACCCAAUGAAACAAAGAAUUAUUAAAUUAAGUUAAAAGCUUAAAGGCAUUAUGAUGUUUAGUAUUAAAAUUUGAUAUUAAAAUGUACAGAACUUAGAGAGCAAAUCAGUUUUUUUUCUCAAUGUCAAGUUGAAUUUAUUUGUACUCAGAACUCUUACUAAUAAAAUGUUAAAACACAC